AUGGACGCCCGUCAGGUGUUGCAGAGUACCCUCGCGCCAGACGCGGCUGUGCGUAGCAAUGCCGAACAGCAACUCGCCCAGGCUGCGGAGGUUGACUUCGCCGCCUACCUCAUUACCCUCGGCCAGGAGCUCGCUAACGAGAGCAGCCCCGCUCACAUCCGUGUCGCUGCCGGUAUCGCUUUGAAGAACGCUUUCACUUUCCGGGAUCAAGCCAAGCUGCGCGAGGUGCAGCUCCGAUGGGCCCAGACAAUCAACGCCGAGACCAAGACACAGGUCAAACAGCUUGCGCUCAAGACCCUGCAUUCACCCGAUGCUCGCGCUGGAAAUGCCGCCGCCACACUUAUUGUUUCCAUCGCCGCCAUCGAGUUGCCGCGUGGUGAGUGGGCCGACUUGAUGGGCAUUCUUGUCCAAAAUGUCGCCAGUGGAAACGACGCAUUGAAGCAGUCCUCUCUCACUGCCAUCGGUUACAUCUGCGAGUCCCAAGAUCCCGAUCUUCGCGCCAGCUUGACACAACACUCCAAUGCUAUCCUUACUGCGGUCGUCCAGGGUGCUCGGCGCGAGGAGCCGAACAUGGAUGUCCGUUACGCUGCUAUCGCCGCUCUCAGUGAUGCCGUGGAUUUCGUGCGAACCAACAUGGACAACGAGGGAGAACGCAACUACAUUAUGCAGGUCGUCUGCGAGGCCACCCAGGCCGAUGAGGUCCGUGUGCAGGCUGCUGCAUUCGGCUGCUUGAACCGCAUCAUGGGAUCCUACUACGACAAGAUGCGAUUCUACAUGGAGAAGGCUCUGUUUGGCCUGAGCAUCAUGGGCAUGAAGAGCGAGGAGGAGGAAGUCGCCAAGCUGGCUAUUGAGUUCUGGUGUACUGUUUGCGAGGAGGAGAUUGCUAUUGAGGAUGACAACGUUGAGGCUCAGCAAGAGGGUGUCGAGGCUCGACCUUUCUUCGGAUUUGCUCGCGUCGCUACCCGCGAGGUUGUUCCCGUCUUGCUGCAAUCUAUGUGCCGACAGGACGAAGAUGCUGGUGAUGAUGAGUACAAUGUUUCCCGCGCUGCCUACCAGGCUAUGCAGCUUUACGCCCAGUGUGUGCAGGGCGAUGUCAUUCAGCCCGUCGUGACUUUUGUCGAGGAGAACAUCCGCAACGAGGACUGGCACCGUCGUGAUGCCGCUGUCGCUGCUUUCGGCGCUAUCAUGGAAGGCCCCGAACCCAGUGUUCUGGAGCCCCUGAUCAAACAGGCCUUGUCUGUUUUGCUUGGCAUGAUGGAGGAUAGCUCCAUCUCCGUCCGGGACUCCACUGCCUACGCCCUGGGUCGCGUGUGCGAUUGCUGCCCCGAGGUUCUCGACCCCGAGGUCCACCUUCAGCCGCUUAUCUCGUGUCUGUUCAACGGCCUCGCCAGCUCCCCCAAGAUUGCCAGCUCCUGCUGCUGGGCUCUUAUGAACGUCGCAGACCGAUUCGCCGGCGACGAUGGCUCGCAGACCAACCCUCUGUCAAAGCACUUUGAGGACAGUGUGAAGUCCCUACUGACCGUGACCGAGCGACAAGACGCCGAUAACCAGCUCCGUACCGCUGGAUAUGAGGUGCUCAACUCCUUUGUUAUGAACUCUGCCAAUGACAGCCUGCCCAUGGUUGCAACCCUCUCAGAUGUUAUUAUCCGGCGUCUUGAGCACACUAUUCCCAUGCAGCAGCAGGUCGUUAGCGCCGAGGACCGUAUUCUCCUCGAGGAGAUGCAGACUAGCUUGAUUAGUGUCAUUCUGGCCAUCGUCCAGCGCUUCGAGGGCGAGAUCAAGCCUCAGGCUGACCGUAUUAUGAGCGUGCUCCUUCAGGUCCUAACUACCGUUGGCGCCAAGUCGAGCGUGCCGGAUGUUGUCUUUGCCACUGUUGGUGCUAUUGCUAGUGCUCUUGAGGAUGAUUUCAUCAAGUACAUGGAGUCAUUCAGCCCAUUCCUGUAUAACGCGCUGGGCAACCAGGAAGAGCCUGGUCUCUGCUCUAUGGCCAUCGGCUUGGUCAGUGACAUUGCUCGUGCUUUGAACGACAAGGUCCAGCCUUACUGCGACACCUUCAUGAACCUCCUACUCAAGACUCUCCAGGUGAGAUUGUUUCUCUCAGAUAUAGCGUGGUUGAUGUCCAAUAUUAAUUUCAAACAGACUUCCACCAACCAGCUCAAACCUGCUAUUCUUGAGACCUUCGGCGAUAUCGCCCAGGCCAUCGGAACUAACUUUGAUACGUACUUGGCGGUCGUUGGCCAGGUUCUCCAGCAAGCCUCCAGCGUUACCACCAGCCCCGACCUCCCAUACGAGAUGGUGGAUUACAUUGUUUCUCUCCGUGAAGGCAUCAUGGAUGCUUGGGGUGGUAUUCUUCUGUCCUACAAGGGCACUGCUUCGAUCACCCAACUCCAGCCUUUCAUCGAGUCUAUCUUCCAGCUUCUUCACAUUAUUUCCCAGGAGAGCAACCGCAGCGAAGGUCUGAUGCGGUCUUCCAUGGGUGUUAUUGGUGAUCUUGCUGAUGCCUUCCCCAACGGCGAGCUCGCUGCCUACUUCCGCAACGACUGGGUCACCGCUCUCGUGAGAGAGACCCGCACAACCAGACAGUACAGCGAGCGCACAAUUGAGACUGCCCGCUGGACCCGUGAGCAGGUCAAGCGCCAGAUCAACAUGGGUGCUGGUAUGUCGUAA